AUGGGUUGGUUUGGAGGCGGAGUGCCAGCCAAAGUAUCUACAGUGUCCGAGUUAAAAGAGAAUCCUAGAGCGACCCCUCAAUUUCUAGAGGAUUUACCACCAAAGUUUGAAGAUGUUGCACCAAAUACAUCAGGUAGUCCAAGACAACAAUCACAUUCAGAACAACAAGCAUCAUUGAUGGAUGCUGCUGGUCAAGUUAUGUUAUCCGAUUUCACAGUAGAGAGAUUUAUAGGGAUGCCAUGUUUUCGAGAAGCGAUGAUAACUGGAUUCCAAGCUAUGGGUGUGUUAGGUACCGUUACAUUUUUAAUACAUAAGAAUCCUACAAGAUCAUUACAUUGGUCAAUGUGUGGUUUCUUCUUAGGUAACUUGGUAGGAUGGGAACAAUGUCGUUCACUUAGAAGAAGAUCAUUCCAAAUGGUUGAAAAGGCUAGACAAGAGAAAGAUGAAAGAAAUAGAAAGAAGAUUGAACAACAACAAAAGGAAGGUGAUGAUCAAUAUGAAAAGUUUAAAGAAUUCAAUAAUAAAAAGUGA